CCGAUGCUCGACUGCGCGAAGCAGCGGGGCCCGUGUUCUGGGAAGCCUGUGGAGCCUCCGCCGUGCCCGCCGCCUCCGCCGCCGCCGCCCAGGUCCCUGUUCUGGCCACUCCUGAUCGGUGCCAUCCUUUCUUUUCUUGGCCUGUUUUAUAAAUACUACCUAUACUUGGAAGAGCGAGAAAAAGCAGAUGAUUCAAAACCAGUUUGGCGCCCGCGACCGAGAACGCGCCGUCCCUUCCACGAGCAGGACUUGCCCCCUUGUGUGCAGUACCUGAUCGUCGGUACCGGAGCCGCCGGCUGGGCCGCAUACAGCUCUAUCAUGGAGCACGAUAAAAAUGCCAAGGUAUUUUUCGUAACGAAAGAGGAUUCGUACCCGUACGUCCGGCCGCCGUUGUCGAAGCAUAUGUGGUGGAACGGGGAGCCACCAGAUAUUCGCCACCUCAACUACGUCUCGGAUGGAAAACGUAAGAGCAUGUACUAUGCAGAGUGCAAGCACUUCAUGGACCCGGUGAAGUUCUACCGCAAGGAAACCGGUCCGGCGGUGUCCAUCGGGAUAGGCUGGUGUGUCCUCCGGAUAGACGCGGAUGAACACAUUGCCUGGAUCAAGACCCAGUGCGGGGAACGACCCAUGUACUACGAGCGAUGUCUGCUGGCUGUGGGAUCAAAACCAAAAAAGUCAUCGAUCUUCAAGACAGCGCCGAAGUUUGUGCGCGAGCGCGUGACGACGAUACGAGAGAUCCGUGAUCUAGAGAUAGCGUACCGCAAGGUGCGGGAUGCGAAGCACGUUACCAUCAUCGGCGGCGGGCAUCUGGGCGCCGAGCUGGCUUGGCACUUGGGGAAAAUGCACAAACAAUGGUUCCCGCCGGCGCCCGAAGACUACGUCCCGCCGCAGUUUCUGCACGUCUUCAAGGACAAGGGCAUACUGUCGGGAAUACUCCCGGAGUAUUUGAGCGAGUGGGCCGCUGAGAAGAUCAAGUGCGAAAACGUAUCUAUCAUGCCCAAGACACAAGUUUACGAUGCUUUCGAAUCACCAGACGGAAGGCUAGAACUCACUUUAUCGAAUGGACAGUCCCUGAUUACUGAUUACGUUCUGAUAGCUACUGGUUCGACGCCGCGCGAGGAAUUGGCUGAGCCUUCCUUCCUUGAGCUUGAUGCCAUCAACGGAGGAUUCCAUGUCAAUACGGAACUACAGGCGCGCACGCAUCUUUAUGUUGCGGGCGACGCGGCUAGUGUGUACUCGCAGUGGAAGAACACGCGCUUGCGCAUGGAGCACUUCAGCACAGCCGUGCAGCAGGGGUACAUCGCCGGCGCCAACAUGGCCGGCUACUGGACGCCCUGCAACAUGGAGCCACACUGGUGGUUCCGGAUCGACGACGAAAUACACAUGGAGGUGGUUGGUGAGGUCGGAGCAUGCAUGCCGAUAGUGGGGCUGUUCCGUUUAGUGGACAAGGAGCCGAAGAAAUACGAGCCCAAACCAGAGGAGUUGGAGAAACCCUGCUAUAAGGACCUCCCGGAGUACAAGUCGAGAUACAGUUGCGGCAUAUUGUUCUACUUGCGAGAUGAGUAUGUGGUGGGCAUUGUAUUCUGGAACUUGAAGCCGAUUGAAGACCGCAUGGAGGUCGCUACAGAGAUACUCCGCGCGCGACCUACGUAUGAAGACAUAAGUUUACUAGCCGAGCUGCUAGGAUUCCCCGACCAGGAAUGCAUCACGUACAUACCUGAAGAAAAUUUUGUCGACAAGGGCCCGUGCAUAGAUAUGUCCAGAUCGAAAUGGAAUACAUAUGAAGACUACGACAAGGUGCGACAACUCUCUAAAGUGGAGCUGCCAGAAAUUGUUCCUGUGUAUCCUAAGCGCGAAAUCUAG